UGCACGUUCUUCAAUAAGAAAGACAUCCUCAAGCUCCAUGCGCGGUUCUACGAGCUGGCCCCCAACCUCGUGCCCAUGGACUACAGGAAGAGCCCCAUCGUCCACGUGCCCAUGAGCCUCAUCAUCCAGAUGCCGGAGCUCCGGGAGAAUCCCUUCAAAGAAAGGAUAGUGGAGGCCUUCUCUGAGGACGGCGAGGGGAACCUCACCUUCGAUGACUUUGUGGACAUGUUCUCCGUGCUCUGCGAGUCGGCUCCGCGGGACCUCAAGGCCAACUAUGCCUUCAAGAUCUACGACUUCAACACUGACAACUUCAUCUGCAAGGAGGACCUGGAGAUGACCCUGGCCCGGCUCACCAAGUCGGAGCUGGAGGAGGACGAGGUGGUGCUCGUGUGCGACAAGGUCAUCGAGGAAGCCGACCUGGACGGCGACGGCAAGCUGGGCUUCUCCGACUUCGAGGACAUGAUCGCCAAGGCCCCCGACUUCCUCAGCACCUUCCACGUCCGGAUCUAAGGACGAGGCCGGGUCGCGAGGCCCCGAAGCCCACCGUCCACCUCUGCUGUCUACACAGUUUUGACCUCCGAGCUCCCAGGACAGGAGCGACGGCCUCCGGGGUUGACACCCACGAACAUUUUCUUGGCCCUUUGAGCAAAAAAAUCCU